CAGUGGAAAUCGAUUCAAGUCCAGCCAAGACCAAUAUACAUACUACACACAUCCAUUGACUGUCCGACAUCAACCCGAUUGAGCCCCUCACCUAGCCCAGCUUGAGCUCAGUCGGGCCGCGAGCCCCGCUCCCGUCCAUCCACCCGAUUCUGACCGCCACGGCCGUGGUGGGAUCGAACAUGAGGCUGAAUGGCCGGUCCGUGAACAUCAUGGCCUGGACGAGCAUUCGGGUCCUGGUCUGACCCUCCUCACCCGUGGUCGGAGCGUGGGUGGGUCCAGGUCGGGCCCUCAUUCUGGGGAUUUUGCUUGCCCCUAGGACUGGAUGGCGGCUAAAUCCGGCAAGGGCGAGAAGUCCUUUCAGGAGAAGUUGAAGUCCUGGCUCAAGGGCUCAAAAGGUCCGAGUCACGGGUCCCAUGCGGGUGGACCGCCUGGCUCGGCGGCCAGUGCGGCCGCCCUCCAAGUACUGGCCACGGAGCCCAAGCUGCUCAACCUGAGUCCGGAGCAAAUCCAAGCGCUGGCCAGCUCCUCACCUCUCGAGGACCGGAUUCGAAUCAUCACCGAGCUAACGCCCCGAGUGAGGGGCAACAUCUUGGAGGAGCAUAGUGUGGAAUUGCUGUGGAUGAAGACCAAGGACUUGCUCGAGGCCCAGGACCCGAGUCAUCGGGUGGCCGUUAUCCAAUUGUUCACGGCUCUGGUCGAGGGCCAGUUCGAGCAUCUCGAUGUGAUGCGAGGCCAAUUCUUCCGGGUCAUCGAGUGCCACAAAAGCCCCGAGGAUUUUCCGCACCUCUUAAAUCUUUUGGAUGCCUUGACAAGGCAAGGCAAAGACAUCCUGCACUUCGAAGAAAAGAUCGGUCGUUUCUUGCUCCAAGUGUUCCCCACCCAGCCCAAACCCGCCGACGUGGUCAACCAGUAUCUCUUGAUCUUGCUCAAUACCAUCAAGUUCAAUCCGGCGUAUCUGGACCCUGAAGUGGUCACCGGCUUAAUCAACUGUCUGAGCUGUCACACGGGCUUGGUCAAUGAUGACGAUGGUGUCACGGGCACGUGUUUGCAGUGCUUUUUUGCCAUCAUGGGCUUCAGCUACAUCCCCAAGGAGGCCCUCACCACCUUUAUUUGCACGUUGUGUCGCGUGGUUAAUAUGCCCGCGCAUUGCAAGGAAGCCUGGCGCAUCAUGGGCAACUUAAUGGGCACCCACUUGGGCCACUCGGCACUCUACUGCCUGUGCCAGAUCAUUCAGUCUCGGGAAUAUCAGAACAAUGUGCCCUUGGUGCGAGGCGCCGUGUUUUUCGUAGGCCGGAGCUUGUGGGGCAACCCGUGUGUGAAAACCAUGCGAAACUAUUCGGCCAUGACCAUCUUACCCUCGUUCAUCCAAGCUCUUAAUUGCCAGCAUCAAGUGGUUACCUAUGAAGUGACUUUACAGUUGGAACGUUUGAUUAUCGAGCGAGGAGAGACGCUGAGGGCCCCCGGCUGUGAUUGUGCCCUCGAUUUGAUCGAGGCCAUUCUGGUGGCAACCCCGAAACAUGCGGAAGACUCAAUGAAGAAAGAGAUCUUCAAGCAUAUCCACGACACGUUGAAUUCGUUUGAGAACCUCAUCGAUCAAGACAAUUAUCGAGGAAGCAAGAAGAAGUUGUUCAGCAUCAUCGAUUUGUGCUCUUCUCAGCGACCCGAAGAAUCGGUCGUGCGAUUGCUCGACUAUCGGGCCAUUUCACUCUUUCCCACCAAAUCGGGUUGGAUUCGAGGACUGCACACGCUCAUGGACAAAUACUACAAGAACGAUCCCAGGGAGGUCAUCCGGAUCAAAGCCUUGGAGGUCAUGGCCUCUGUGGUGAGAGCUAAUCGUCACAUGUACGAAGAGGAUAUGUUGGAGCGUGUUGUGUUGCCCUUCCUGAGGUCCUUGGAUCACGAGCAAUCGCGUGUGGUUCGUUUGGAGGGGAUCAAAGUGCUGACCUCGUUGUGCACCGAAUGCUCUUCCAAAGAGGCCAUGAAAAUGGUGGAUAUCAUUGAACGCAUCCUUCUUCGGCAAUGGGACAGCAAAAAGAGCCCAGGUUUGUCUUACACCGACCAUGACCACACAGAGGCUCGUAUCGCCGUCACGGGAGUGAUACACGCCUUCAAAGUGAAAAUCUCCCAAUAUCCACCCUCGUUCAUCGUGCGGAUCUAUCAAAUCCUUGCCAAACUGGUGGAAGAGCAUUACGCACAUCCCGAGAUCUAUGGGAACACGGGCUCCAUCCGGAUCGAGAUCUUUCGCUUGUUUUUGGCUCUUCGAGCCGAUGAGAACUAUCAUUUGGGGAUUUGUGACGAGGAUUCCGGCUCCAUUCGUUACAGUCCGUUUAUCGUGUGUCGAGAUUUUGCUUCCGGCGGGGGUCCAGCGGAAAUCCUCUCUGGAAAUGAGGAUCAAACCCGAACUCGAAGCGGAGGUAUUCACAAAUCCGGAGGAGGAGGAUCAGCUCCGAAUGCCUCUCAGCCGGCCACGUACAUGUCGUUGACCAAGGCGUGCAUGCUUGUGAUUAAGAGCUUGUCAGAGGAGCGUGAUUGGACGGUCCUGAAAUUGGUGUUGAGUAAGGUGCCUAUGGUUUUGCAAAAUAAGGCCAUCAUCACACGAUAUGGUAAGGCCAUCUACAUGUUCAUUACGCCUUUGGUGGAGUUGACCUCGAGGAACUCCAAGUACCCCGAGGUGCUGGUGAACACGCUCCCGAACUUCUCCAGAUCCGAGUUUCACAACACGGUGUUCCCCGUUCUGGCCGCCAUGGCCUCGUACAACGAGUUCUUGGAGCCUUCAUCUCAACGAUCCCUCAUCAACGCCUUGCAUGUGGGCUUGUUAUCGCGAGAAUGCAAUCGCAUUUGCAUCAUGGCCUUGACGGCUUGUGCCCUGGAGAUGAAGAAGUCCAUGUAUCAUGUUAUCCCCGAGGUGGUGUUGAACUUCUCCAAGAUUUCCGCCACCAAAUUGAUUGCCACGCCCAUGCUGGAGUUCCUCUCCACCCUCAUCCGUCUGCCGGAUAUAUUCUCUAGCUUCACCGACACCAACUACAUGGCUGUGUUCGCCAUUGCGCUUCCAUUCACAAACCCCUUUCGAUUUGACGCCUACACCGUUUCAUUGGCACACCACAUCAUCAUCAUGUGGUUCUUGAAAUGCCGACUGUCGUAUCGACAAAACUUUGUCCAAUUCAUUAUGACCGGACUCAAUUCGAAUGUGAUCCAAUCCUUCGAGGAGGGCAACUACCGCAAGAUAGCCGCCAAUGUGGCAACAGCGGCCGCCUCUCGCCUUGCGAACAUGGAUUCCGCAGACCGGAAGCGAAGUUCCAGUCUCUCGGAGCAUUCGAUCAAGCCUCGAGAUCGCGCCCAAACAGCCGUGACCACCAAAGUGUCCACUCAGAAAGGGUCCGGCGCCAGUGACGAGCUCUCCGAGGAGCACAAGCGAGCCAACAAGAUGAUCAGCUUCCACCAGGAGCUCACAGAGACUUGUGUCGACAUCCUGGCGCGAUACAUGUUUGCCAACGCCUCAGUUCAGCCGAAGCGAUUGCCCACCACGCAAUUCCUCCUGAAGGAAGGCCACUCGGCCACGUGGUUGCUCAACACCAUGCUCAUCACUAUCACCACGAGCCAUUGUGAUCAGACGUCAAACCGCGGUGGACUGUGCGAUCGCUGUCACCUGAUUUGUUCGAAAACGAGACAAGAGGACCCAUUGAACUCGGUGCAUCUGACCCAGCCCGAGGAGAGUUCCUCCAGUGGAACCUUCAUCCAGAGCCCAGAGGGAGAGAUUAGUAAUGUCAGGAAGAGGCAUCAAUCGGAAUUCCAGGCCCAGAGACCCAGCCCGUCACGAUAUCUACCAGGAUCCUCGGCUCGAGAUGAUUUUGAUUUGAGACGUCAAGUCUCGGCCGAACGAAUCUCGAGCCAGUUGUCCAAUCCCGUGCCUUCACAGCAAGUUCCUCAGCCAAGUGACUCUGAGAACGAUGUCGGGCUUUUGGAGUCCUUGAUGAAGGAGCAGAAAGGUCAAGAGAUCCGGAAACCCGAUUUAUGCGCCUGUUGGUGCAAUGGAUGGGCUGAGAUUUUUGUUCGACGGCCAAGUGGAGAUGUGUCUUGGAUGUGUCGGAUUCAGAACUCCUCUCUGGUAAGCGACUCCUACAGUGAAUUUCCUUUGGCUGAUUUGGCGGCGUUGUUCCGCCCUUCAAACGAUCUGGCCAUCCGUGAAUCCGUGGCUCAAAUGUUGGACAUGAGCAAGCGAAUUCCGAUCGACACCUUGAGUGAAAAGGAAUACGAAUCUUUGACGAGCGACAAGGGCGAUCCGCGCGAGAGUUUUUCGCUUCAAGGUUGUCGGGCUUCAAUUACGGCUGAGUCCGAUUCUUCGACCCACUCCAAUGUGGAUCGUGAUUCCAAUCCUUCUUCGGGACAAGAUCCAGCCAGUCCAGCCAGUCCCUCAGAACCUCGGACAGAAUUAAAAAAUUCGGGUACCUCCUCCAAUCGCCAAAGCUGUGGUCCCAUCCCUGAGGUGGAGGAAGAGGAACCUAUUGUGCGGGAACAUCGGACGUCCUCGGAAUUGCUCCAAAGGCGACGAAUCAGUCUUCAACAUGGAGGUGCCCCGAAUGCGGACUCCACGGAGAAUUUGAAGUUAAAGAUCAACAGUCCCUUAAAGACCGGAUCGCCCAUGAGAAGCCGAGAGGCCUCGGGCACCCCACCCACGCUCACGCCCAUCUCAGGACCUGCAUCUUCGGGUGUGGGCUCACGCCCUCCCAAACUCUUGCUCGACUCGUCGAUGCGACGUGAUCGCGCUCAUACGAUAUCCGGACCAAGUCCCCGGCGAUUCAAUCGAGAUUCGGCUAGCGGGACCGGAUCGGCCGGCAUUCGACGCGGGCCGGAGUUCUUACGCAGUCAGACGUCAGGGGGUCCGAGCUCGGAACGAGCAGAACGGGUGACUGGGAUCUCGCCCCAAUUUGUGUUCUUGCAAUUGUAUCACAACUCGAGUUUCGGCAACACCAACUCGCUCGAUCAGCCCAUCUUGUUGCCGGCCACCAAAGCCAUUGAAACCAGCAUCAAGAACUUGGACCGGAUUCACGCACACGAGACGCACAAGAUCGGGGUCUUGUACAUCGAUCCCGGUCAAGAAGACAACGAGGAGGCCAUCCUUUUGAAUGAGUUUGGCUCCUUGAGGUACACCCAAUUCCUUCAUGGACUGGGGGAUCUCAUAUCUCUUAAAGAUGUGGACAAGAAGUACUCGUAUGUGGGUGGGUUGGAUCAUGUUGACGGAGAUGGAGAUUUUGCGUACAUGUGGGAAGAUGACGUCAUGCAGGUCAUAUUCCACGUGGCCACUCUCAUGCCCAAUCAUGAGCGUGACCCGAAGGCCAACAAAAAGAAACGACAUAUUGGCAACGACUUCGUGGUCAUCGUGUAUAAUAACUCUGGUGGACACUACAAGAUGGGCACGGUUAAGGGCCAAUUUAUCAACGCGUGCAUCGUGAUUACGCCCUUGGAUCAGGGAUCGAACAAGGUGUUUAUUGAUUGUAAGCCUGAAUUGGACGAGCCCUUAGGACAUGUGAAGGAUCCCAAGAUCGUGUCCGACCGUAAUCUGGCCAUCCUCGUUCGGCAAUUGGCCCUGCACUGUAAUCUGGCCGCUCAAAUCCAGCAGACCUUGGGUUUGGGAAGGGACCCAUAUUCAUCCAAUUGGUUGGAGCGGCUCCGCCAAAUUAAACGCAUUCGAGAUAAAGUCAGUACGGUCUCCGACGAUGGGAGCAAAUCCAAUGCGAGCAAUGGCAAAGAUGGUGGAGAUCGAGCCUCCAACGACAACUCUUCGUCGUCUUCAUCAUCGCGAACCGAGCGAACGAGUUCGUUUAGUCGAGCGGCUCUGAACGACUUCACCAACAUUGUCAUGAGACGCAUUUCCAAAGAUGACUAACGAAACGAACUCCAUCAUGGCCCAUGUUGCAAAUGUGAAUGGAAGAGUUCAUCAAUGUCAUCCUCCUCUUCAUCAUUCUUCCCUGCAUCUUCCAUUCUCUUUUCUCUCUCUCUUUCGAUCGUCGUAUGUUAUCAUCUCUUUUUGUCCACGUGAUAUUGAGAGCGUCCUCAGCGUGAAGAUGCAUAUGUGAACACGAUAUAAAAUACAAGCAGUUAUAUUAUACCCUUA